AUAUCAAGACAUUGUGUCAACGAUUAACUGUUGCAUCAUACACUGUUCAGUUUUAGUACUGUGGCACAGUUGAAAAUGUGAAUGACAUCCGCAUUAUUAGGGUGUCCAUGCAUAUCACACACACACACACACACACUACACAUAGUCCCAUCCAGAUGGAUUGUCCUCACUAUCGCUGUGCACUGAGCUGCUGGUGAGAGACUGCAGUUAUUUCAGUCCUCAUGCAGUCUCACUCUCUUUCCCCCUCUUUCUCUCUCUUUCCCUCUGCCUUUCUCUCUCUCUCUCUCCUCCGUCCUGAUCAUCUUUGAUUGAACAUCAUUCUCACAUGCUAUGCUUUCAUGCCUCUUCUUUCACACUCACUCUUUCUAUUUGCUUCACUUCCAGGCACAGUUAUCAUGCUGCAUCCUCUUUCUUCCUCUCUCUCUCUGUCGCAUCCUCUUUCUUCCUCUCUCUCUCUGUCGUCUCCUCUGCCUGUCUGCUUUUGUUUACAUAUUUCCUCAGCAAACUGACUGUUUUCAGUGCCAGCCAACUGCAUUCGCCUGUUUGUUUUUUUUGGUAAGAGGACAUCUAGAUGCGGGACACAGCUCGGUUUUACUAUGUUCUGACCUUACAUCUCAGUAUCUCACAGGGUGGACCAGAUUUGGAAGGUGUCCUGCUCUGUCCUGGAGUUUCAGGGUCUAUCAGUCAUCCAGUUUGGUGCCUGCUGUGUGUUUUCCCUGAGUCCUUAGUUGCGUUGCUGUGCAUUUCCUGUGCUGCAUGCUGACAGCUCUUAUAGUCUCGGUGUGGUGCGGAGCCUGAAGAAACUAAAGAAACCCCCACCCCCCUCUACACAUCAUCAUCCCUCUCUGCCUGGGGAGGAUCUCCGUGGCAGUUCAGCUAAGAUCAUUGGAGGGGAAAUAGUGACAAAAAGGAAGAUAGGAGUGAGAGGCAAAGCAGUACUGCACAGGGUGAGGAGCACAUUAUUGUUAAACGGCAAAGACGAGAGUCAGAGCUGCAUGAGGCAAGAAAGAUUAACAGCCAUGCAGGUGUCCUUUGCAUGUACGGAUCAUGGGCUGAAGGCCCCGCGCACAAGCGAACCAAACAAGCAGAACACGUCGAGUCCAAGCACGGCUAGCGCAGCACGGGCUCGGUUCCGAACAGUGGCGCUGAUCGCUCGCAGUCUGGGUUCCUUCUCGCACAGACACCAUAUUUCUCUUAAAGAGUCCACUGGAAAACUCACCGGCAUGAAGUACAGGAAUCUUGGGAAGUCAGGACUACGAGUGUCAUGUCUUGGACUUGGCACUUGGGUGACGUUUGGGGGGCAGAUUUCAGAUGAGGUGGCAGAGCAGCUAAUGACAAUAGCCUAUGAAAAUGGUGUCAACCUCUUUGACACUGCAGAGGUCUACUCAGCUGGGAAAGCUGAAAUAAUCCUAGGAAACAUUAUCAAGAAGAAGUGUUGGAGGAGAUCCAGUCUGGUUAUCACUACCAAGCUCUACUGGGGAGGAAAGGCCGAGACAGAGCGUGGGCUCUCAAGGAAGCACAUUAUUGAAGGUCUGAAGGGUUCCUUGCAGAGGUUACAGCUAGAAUAUGUGGAUGUGGUUUUUGCCAAUCGUCCUGACAGCAACACACCUAUGGAGGAGAUAGUGAGAGCCAUGACUCAUGUCAUUAAUCAUGGCAUGUCCAUGUACUGGGGAACGUCACGCUGGUCAGCUAUGGAGAUCAUGGAGGCGUACUCUGUCGCGAGGCAAUUUAAUCUGAUUCCUCCUGUGUGUGAACAGGCAGAGUAUCAUUUUUUUCAAAGGGAUAAAGUAGAGAUGCAAUUGCCUGAACUGUACCAUAAGAUAGGUGUUGGUGUGGUGUCCUGGUCCCCUCUGGCUUGUGGGAUCAUUACAGGAAAAUAUGAGAAAGGCAUUCCAGAAUCCUCCAGGGCCUCUCAGAAGUCAUACCAGUGGCUGAAGGAGAAGAUUCUGAGUGAGGACGGCAAAAAGCAGCAGUCCAAGCUUAAGGAGUUGACCCACAUUGCUGAGAGGCUCAGCUGUACCCUGCCACAACUUGCCAUUGCCUGGUGCCUCCGUAAUGAAGGAGUGAGUUCUGUUCUCCUGGGGACCUCUAACCCUGCACAGCUCACUGAGAACCUGGGGGCGAUACAGGUUCUUUCAAAGAUCACCUCUCAUGUGGCCUCGGAUAUCGACAAAAUCUUGGGCAACCGCCCCCACAGUAAGAAAGACUACCAUCACUAGGCCUUCCUGUGAACUUGUACUACUUGAGACUCAGGAUCCCAGCCCUCUUGUGUCAACGGGUGUCCGUAGUUUGUGAUUCCACAUUUGUGUGUCUAUCUCAACUUCUCCUGCAGAGAUCCAUCGUUAGCAUUACAGUAGAAAUGCUAAAGUGUUAUGCAUGCUUCUGUUAGACCUAAACCUGAGCUCAACCUUGCGUGAAGAUCUCUGUGAAGACACACCUGCCUGUGAAGCACAGAAGAUCCUGGACUCCCUCAUCCAUGGGAUUAUGCAUUCAGCUGUCCAUCACCCAUAUGUGCCAAAGUAAACCCUGGUCUUGACCUCAAGAGGUCCUCAAUAAUGGGUAGACAGACGGACACAUGACAGGCCCUUGUGAGUGAAUGGUCCUGAUUAUUGUCCAUUAAAAGAACAUAAUGUAGGAGAAAACAUUGCAUAUUGUGCUGAGAAUGUAAACACUAAGAACUGUGAUAUGUGGCAGUGCGGCAUGUAGAGUUGAACUGGGUAAGAUGUGUGCAUUAGUAACAAAUGUGUUGGAUUAAAAAGCCAUCAACAGCAGAGUGGGCUGUUAUUGUGUUAAUAUGUUCUCAGAAAUGUUCCACAUUUUGUAUCAAACAUCUUGAAAUGAGCUACGACUGUUUGUGUGUUUCCCCAUGUGAUCCCUGAAACUUAUGCUAUGUCUAUCUGUCCAUAAUUUCUUCUUUCUUUUCUGCUUUAAAUGAAUAUUAUAACUUUAUUCUAUCACACUGGUUAAAGGAAUAGUUCACCCAAAAAUGAAAAUUCUCAUCAUUUACUCAUCCUCAGGCC